AACAUGUAAACAUAACCUACGGUUGUCAUUAACGCAAACGCAACGAUAGCCGCGCUUCUGGUUGUUUUCAAAAAGUAUUCCUAAAUAAUUGCACUUAAUUUAGUUAAUUUUUAACAAAACCGAAUAAAUAUGGCAUCAAAAGAAAGCUGUCCCACUUUUACCAUUCCUUGCGCAUUCGGUAAGCAACACGGCCUCACGGCGUCCUGGUUCACAGAGGACAACAUUUCCGUCACCGCCUACAGUAACCAGUUGCUCAAGUCCAUCGAUAGGCGUCCGCCGAACAAGCUGCCCGUCAAUGUGUACCAUUUAACUACGAAUUUCAUACUGGACGAACCGAUUCUGCGCAGCUUGGUGACGGAAUGCAGUAACGUGUUCUUGAAUCUUCAGCUGGUGCGGAACAGUACGCCGGCGGCCGCUAUAGAUUUCCUGAAAAUUUCCCGUAGCUAUCGCAGUGCAAUCCGGGCGUGUCUGGAAAAACUGCAGGAUCUGAUUGCCAACGCCGAGCUUCGGGAUGUGGAACAGUAUCGGAACUACGUGACCAUCUUUUAUUCGGUGGAGUCCAUCUGGCAUCUGGUGGAGAUUCUGAUCAUCGACGCCAGCUCGGUCAAUGCCGUGGUUCCGAACCUGCUGGAAUGGGUGCGGUUCCACUUUCCCACGGCGGAACGUCUGGCAACGGAGCUGUUGCAGCAGGGACGGGAAGUCGAUUCCAGUGACGACGACUACUGGCCGGUGGUGAAAGGAUUGAUCAUCCAGGGGCAGCUUAGCGUGGCAAGGGCACUGCUAAAGAUGCACACCAACUCGGAAAGUGUGUGCUUCGAGGUGGCCGAACAGAUUCUCCAGACGAUGCCGGUUUAUAGCGUCUAUGGAGGGCUAUCGAUACAGAAGUUCAAAUCACAGUGGCAGUAUUGGGCGGCCAAUGCCAGGUCCAAGGUGGAUGCAGGCAUUCUUGCGGUGGAACCGGAGCUGGAGGAAAUUAUUAAGCUCGUGAUUGGCGAUCGUAAAACGUGGACCGACCAGUGCCGAUACGCCUCCUGCUGGUAUGAGUACUUCCCGGGAUACCUCUUCUACACGGAAUCCACCUGCAAGUACUACGAACUGGGUACCUUUGCCAACAAUUGGCUCUCGCAGUGGAUCAGCACCGGUGGAGCGAAUCCAUCGUACAAGUAUCUGGACAAAAUAAUCCUUUCGGUCAUGGAGAACAAUCUGCCGCAGGUACUGCACAACAUUCAGAACAUCUGCGACAACAAGUGGUUCGUGACGCACUUGGUGGAUUUGCUGUAUCAUUGCGGGCACCUGACGCUAUCCACCGGGGGCAACGCGGACGAGAAGGAUACGGAGAAGCUGUUCCGAGAAUCGUUGCUGUAUGAUUUCGGCUGUUUGCUCAUGUCUCGUAACUCAUCGCUCUGGGAAGCCGGUAUGGAUUAUCUGGAGUUUUCCAGUACGGAAGGGCUUGGAGCACGGGAAGCUCUCCUGAGUAGGAUCCCGAUUAAAAACGAAAAACAAGCCAUGAAGUUGAUCAACGUGGCCAAGAAGAAUGGUUUUGCCGCGGUGGAGAGCGAAAUCUGCAAAGUGCUCGUCAAGCGAAACCUGACCAACAAACAGUACGGCAAUGCCCUGGAGUGGGCCAUCCGGUCCAGGGAUAGCUUCUAUGUGACGGCGGUGGCAAACAUCUUCCUGGAGCAUUACUGCAAUCAUGGCGAGAUCAUGUGCGAGGACGUCAUCGCCAACGUUGGAGCCAAGAUGUUCUGUUCGCCGCGGUUGAUCUUCCUGGUCAAGUACUACGACUUCCGGCAGUUCUUCCUGGAGCGGUCGUUCGCCCAAGCGGCGGAGUUGUUGGUCAAUCUACUGGAUUCGAAGAUUACGCCGAGCUACUUCUGGCCAUCGCUAUUGGCCGACACCAUCCCGCUGUUGGAGUUCAAGGAACCCGUCAUCCCCACCAAGGAAACGUACACCAUCCUGCACCAUCUCGAGUGGGACCUGGUGCCGAUGAUCGAGAAGCGGAAGGAACAACUACGUGGCAGCCGCAAGGUGGAAAACGGAGAUGACGGGGAUGCUAACGUAGACAACCAAGCCCUGUUGCCCAAGUUCUCGUCCAACCUGUUGAACAACUGCACCGACGAUCUGGUUAAGAUGCUGCGGCUGGCAUGCGCUCGCAACUUGGCCAGGGCUUUCAUUAUUGAGAAUACGGUUGCUGAUUGAGACUGUCGAUUGGCUAAUGAGGAGAAUAAAGCGUUCAUUUCUUUCUAUUAACAAAGCAUUUGUUCAGUUUGGGGCCAUUUUCGAAGAAAAUC